AUGUGGAAUGUCACAUCUACAGAGAAGCGAACCAGCGUCGCGCCCAGCGUCCAGUCCUCCGGCGGCGCCGCUGGGCAGAGGUCAUGGCUCGGCUCAGCGGCACCAAGGAGGUGGCACGAAAUACGUCGUAUAGCGACUACGGACUAUCGUCACCCAACAUACGCGAGCGGUGCUAGCCAGACAGCACAUCGAGUCCCGCGCCGCCUUGACUAUGAUGGCAACGACAGCAUCAAGUGGGCUGUGGUGGCGCUCCCCUCGAGAUCGACCACUGUCAUGCUCAAGGCCUCGUCAUUGUCAAAGAUGUCAAUCCAGUCAACCUAG